UGCGGUCAUGCACAAUUCUGCUGAAUCAUUUCGAGAUUCUGAGAAUAAUAGUAUAUGUUUUGAACCAAACAAAUUAACGGUUGGUAGAUUGGUAGGUAAUUCCAAAGUCUGAAUUAUCUCGUGAGGAGUCGUCUCUAACUCGUUUUCUUUUGAUUCUUAGAAGUUAUACUAGUAAAUUGCUUACCGACCAAGUCUUUUUUGCUUUGAAUGGGAACAAAAGACAGCCAGGUGUAUUCACACUUUUACGCCUAUUGGAAACUUCUCGAAUCCCUCAAGAGCCUGCCAACCGGCUACCAUCUGUCUUUUUAUAGUAUAAACAAUUCAAUAAAGUUAACUCUUUAUGGGCAAUUCGUUAAAGUAGUUUAAAAGGCUGUCAUCAGGCUAAUGUUUAUUUUAGUGUACAUAAAAGAAUAUAAUAAUGACAUCUUUUUAUUAUUUACUAGUUAUUGUUUACCACAUACUCCACAGAAUCCACCAGAUUAUAACCUAUGUUUACUAGAAUGGAGAAAAUUCCACAAAAUCCACCAGAUUAUCAAAACAAAAUAAUGAAAGUAGUUUUUUCUUGUUCAAGGUGCUGCUUAACAAUACGUAUCGAGGAUACGUGUUACAUUACAUCCCUUCAACUAAUUUUCUCAUUUAUUCAAAGUUGAAAAUCUAUUAUACAUAAAUAGCAUUAAAUGUUGUAUUUAAUUUGGUCAAAAAUGGUAUUUAGAAUUAUUCAUUAUUCUCCAACUCAUUUCAAAUUAAUCAGUGAUUAUCAUUUUGAUUUUCACGAAUCCAAAAGGAAAUAGAAAGUAAAAUAUACACAUCAGUGAUAACUUCCAAGUCUUGGAAACCAACAUUUGUUUGUUUACCAAACAAAAAGUUUACCAAACAAAAAACCGAGAAAACAAUGACGCGAAUUACGUUAAGAAUAAUGAAAAUGAAUUUUUUACCUAUUAAGACAUUUUUCCACAUUCAAAUUACACUAUAAGACACUUAUCACUUGAGAUACACUUUUUUUUGUCAAAAAGACUCUUAUGACCCUAAACUAAAGAUAAACUCUCUCAUCUUCUUAUUUCAUUUUAUUAUUUUUCUUAUUCUACGUUAUGUAUUUAUUUACUUUUAUCUCAAGUUCUAAAAUAUAUUAAACAAAAAUAAUUAUCAUAAUGAACUAUAUAUAAAAUUCUCUAUCUUUUAAGAUCCAUGUUCAUAUAUAUAUAUUAUAUAUAUUAAUGUGUAAACAAAAUGUGGACGUGGACAUCAAAGCGUGGAUAACAGAAUUAUAAAUUAGUUGUGGACAUGAACAUCUUAACAGAAUUAUAAACUAAUUGUGGAUAUGGACAAUAUUCAUUCGAUUACAUUCAUCAUCUCGGGAUCUAAAUUCAACUCUAAUCAAAAUUACAUUCAUCCACAUCAUGACAAAGCGCAAAUUCCUUAGAUCAGAAAUCUCUGACAUGCAAAAUCUAUUACUCUCCGACAAAAGGUAAACGUUUCUUCGAUUUUUCUCUCCUCUCAUACUCACAAUAUCAUCUCUUUCUCAUCUUGAUUGAAGUUUAACUGUAGAUAAUUUAUCAAUUGAGCUGAAGAAGCCAAGCGUUUGUAUUGGAGAUAAUAGAGUCUGUGUCCACGUUUUAUGGUAUAAUUUUAAUAACAUGAGUCCAUGUCCACGUAUUGUUGUAUAGUUUUAUGGAAUCAAAACAGAGAGUUUGUCCACGUUAUCUACUAUAAACACAUUAACAUCACAUAUCCACACAUUACUCAUCACUGAUCCACACAUCACCCGUCCACAAAUCACCUAACCACGCAUCACUCGUCCACAAAUCACUCAUCCACAAGUGUCAUUUCCAUUAAGGGCAAAAUUGUCCACAAUCUGUUGCUGGCCCACAACAAAGUGUGUCACAUGUAAGAAGUGUCUAUAAGUGUAAUAGAAAGUCAAAAAGUGUUUCUUAGUGUAAUCAAUUCAAUGAAAAUAGUAAUUAAAAUAAGUAUUUCUACACAAGUACACAUGUCUACGUAUUUUAAAAGCUCAUAAGAGCAUUAGACCACCCGCAACGCGGGCUGUUAAGUGAAUCCUUAACAUAAAUCCUUAAGCUAAAGGGAUUAUAAUAAUAUUAAAAAAAAUCGGCAAGUUAAGAAUGAGUCCUUAAUUAAGGGAACUAAGGACCAAAUCCUUGAUGUGCUGGCACUACAGGAUUGGCUCGGGAAAACGGUUGUGUUUCGUAAGAGUGAGAAAAAUCAUUCACUUUCGCGAGCAACUGAAAAAAAAACACGAGACGCAAUAAGAAAGGGGAUACAAGAGGCGAUAAGAGAGCGUCUUUGUUGAAGGUUGUGAAAUGGAGGAAGAACUGCGAGAUAUGAAGGCACGCAAAGCACACUACGACAUGCUCCAUUUCGUUGCAGAUGCGCAACAAGGGAUUCCCAAAUUGUGCCCCUGUGGAUCAAUCACGAAGGAAUCCGUAGAUGAAGAGGAUACAUAUGACUACCUCCCAGGGAAACGAUACUUCAUCUGCAAAGACUUCGAGAAUGACAGGAUGCAUUUUAGGCAGCCAUGGGUUAUGGGUGUGCAACAAGAGGUGGAGAGGCUCAAAAUAAGGGUUCACGAGCAUGAGAAGCUUCUCAGAGAAUGCGACGAACUAAAGGUGAGUUUCUAUGUUAACAGAAUCAAAACUUGAUAGUUGUUUGUAUGUCAUUCUAACCUAUUGUUUUGUUUCUCUGAUGUCUGUUCAGGCCCAGGUGAGGAUGUUGCUUAGGCGUGUGUCUGACCUUGAGAGAGUCCUCUGAGGUUAGUGUUUAAAGUUACAUGUCUUCUUUAACUCUCUAGUUUAAAAUUAGCAGUUAGAAUUGAAACGAAUAGGACUAUCGGUAACUUUGUAGUUUGAAAACGGAUUUGAUUCCUAUGCUUUGAAAACAUUUACUUUGCAGUUUGUACUUUCCAACUUGGUAGUUAUAAAUGCACACUAAACCACUAUUAAAUUUACCGUAACUACAUCUUGCAAAGUAAAAUUGCAUUUAAUUGUCUCUAGCUGUUCUGAUUUGACAUUUUUCUACUAGGAUUCAAUGUUGAAUCCCUUAUUUAAUCCUCUCUGAUUCUAGUAGAGAAUCACUGAGAGUUCCUCCUAAAUGGCAAGGUCCCCUUGUUUUGUUAACCUCUUAGCGAGUCAAGGAUCAGUCGACCUUGACUCAUUAGAAACUCCUUUCUUUAGUAGCCAAUGUCCUGAAGAGUCUAGAGUUAAAGAGAGGAGAAAGUGGUCUGUGAAGGAGGAUAUAAUCCUCAUAGGUGCUUGGCUCAACACCAGCAAAGAUUCAAUAGUGAGUAAUGAACAAAAAGCUGGUGCCUUCUGGAAGAGGAUUGUCGAGUACUACAACUCCAGUCCUCUCCUGGUUGGGACAGUGCGAGGAGAACUAGGUCAAUGCAAGCAAAGAUGGGCUAGGAUCAAUGAUUUGGUCUGUAAGUUUGCUGGAUGCUACGACAUGGCACUGAGGGAGCAGAGAAGCGGGCAAAAUGAGGACGAUCUGAUGAAGCAAGCGUUGGAUAUCUUCUACAGUGACCAGAACAUGAAGUUCAACUUGGAACAUGCCUGGCGAGAGCUUAGGCACGAUGUUAAAUGGUGCUCAACGUAUCUGGAGAAGGACAAGGACAAGCGGAAACCAGUGGAUUCUCCAGUUCCAGAGCCAGAAGAGAGACCAAUAGGGGUUAAAGCUGCUAAGGCUGCGGGAAGAGGCAUAAAACGGGAAAAGAAGAAGAAUUGGCGAAGCUACAAGGACUGUUGGAGAUGAAAAAAUAAAUCUCCAAGCAAAGUUUGCUUGAAAGUUUACUUGCAAAGCCCGAGCCUCUCUCUGAGAUGGAAUUAGCUCUCAAAAUGAAACUUUUGUCUGAAAUGUUGUCAUGAUUGAUGGUUUGUUAGCUUUAGUGAUGUUUGCAUUAGAAGUUUCGAACUAGUGUUUACUUUACUAACUCAUCUCCUAUUCUCUGUUUCAGGUAAAGCUGAAGACCAUGUACCAGAUGAAGACAAAGGAUGGUGUCUCUUCCUUGUUCAUUCACGAGUUCUUAGUUUAUGUGUUGCUUUGUAUCUGAACCAAGUCACGGGUUAUUUGUUUCUGUCUUGCUUUCCUAUUUUCAUGUGCACCAAGUCACGGGUGUCUGUUUCGUUGUUUCUUUGUAUUUCCAAGUUGCCUUUAUAAGUCAGUUUGUAGUGUCUCUUCUUGUACUCACGCUUUUUCUAAAUCUUGUUAAGAAAACCAGUUCUUCUGCUUGUUCUCUUCUUGUUCUCAGAACAGUUUGAUCAUUAUCUUAUUUUCCUUAAUCCAAGACUCUCUGUAACUCAUUAUUCUGUCAACAAAUAUCCUCUUUCUAUAAUUGGUUCAGGUUAGAAAUUAUAAUCCUCCUUCUUUUAUCUGUUUGUAAUGAUAAGAAAUAGAAUCACCAUCUUCACUUCGA